AUGGAUUCCAAAUCAUCUUCGCCUGGGCAAAGUCCAGGGCCAUCGCCUCCAGACAUGUCGACAAUAAAAGCUCAGCACUACAACGCAGGCCUUGAAUUAGAAAGCCUAGAGAAAAAGUUUCAGAUUCUCUCGCAACAAGUUUAUCCAGAGACAAAACCCGAUGAGCCACAACCUGAGCCAGAUCUGAAGCAAAACCUAGAGUUAUCAAUCCUGGGUAUUACUCUUGCCUCGAAAAAAAAAGAAAAAAUCCAGCUGGAACGAAAAAUUGUCCUCAUGAAAAGGAAUGCUGGCCUGCUUCCAGCCAAAGAAGCAGAUGAACAAAACAGAACUUUAACCCGUCGCUAUUUCUCUGCUGGAGAUCAACUUUGGAUGCAUCAGAAGAAAAAGGUUCGGCUUCAACAAGACGUUGGAAAAAUACGACUAUUAGAUCCACGAUGCAAUGCCGUCUCAGAAUGCCUUUUAGCACUUUACAGGAAGUCGGAUGGGCAAGGCCAGGGCAAACGACGGCGGCCUUCUGAAUGGCGUGCCAAUGCUCUGACAUACUAUAAAGCUAGGAUUAUUGACCAUGACCUGGACGGAAUUGGUGGUGCCUGGUGCCAUGUCAGCGGUUGCUGGCAUCCAGAAGACGACAUCAAAGCCGCUCAUAUUGUGCCCUUUUUUCUCGAUUCAUCAAGUAUUGGUGAAAUACUAUUUGGUUCAAGGGCGGAAUCCCUCAAUCGGCCGGGUAAUGCACUUCUUUUGUCACGUCACAUUAAGGGCUGGUUUGACAGUCACCACUUAGUCAUUAUACCAGUUGAUCCAAUGGAAACGCCUAUCACGAGAUGGCGAACCGAAUUAAUCUCAGACGAUAUCCGGAAAUCACUAAUCUGUCCUGAAUUCCACGCGCGGGAGCUAGAUGGCAAGGAACUGACUUUUUUAAACGAGAACCGACCAGUUUCUCGUUUCCUUUACUUCCAUUUUAUAAUGGCCUUGAUCCGAAUUAAAGACUUGAAGCGACGUGGAUGGGAAACCAUCUGGGCCCGGUAUUACGACCAACGUCCCUUUCCAACUCCAGGGCCUUAUAUGCGAAAGUCUAUGCUACUUGCCAUCGCUACUCAUUUCGAAACUACCGACAUAGAGGUAGUUAAUAGUUGGAUUAAAGGAAAUGGCUUUGAGACUGCAGAACUAGAGUUAACCAAGGAGGAAGCCGACCAAGCCGCACGUCUAGUGUUGGAGGCUGUGGAAGCUGCAGAGACAAAGACAGACCUAGAAGAGAAUCCUGAUGAGGAAGAUUAUUCGGAGAAAGAUUCUGUGGAAAAGGACUAUUCAGAGGAAGAAUGA